GACCCACUUUUGGGGCCCUGACCCACCAGUUGAGAACUACUGCUCUAGUAGCCUGUAACCUUGACAUUCUUGCAUGGCCUCUUCAGUUUAAAUGAUACAAACUACAUCUUGAAGCAUCUCCUGUUCCCUUACAGUUAAGUUCAUCUGCAUCCAUCACUGAGGAGCUUUUCAAGUCUGUUCUCGUUGAAUUUCAGUCGAUGGAAUUAAACUCCACAAAUAUGAAAAUAUUCCUCCUACAGGGUGAAUUAUACAGCGAGGAAACUUUGUCCCCCCCGCAGCUUUUCAUUUUGAUGCAAAUGUGAGGCAGCCCUACAGGUUUUCGAGGUGAAGAGGGGGAAGGGGGCCGGGGGGGGAAAUGCAAUUGAGGGAAUUCUUUGUGAGGCCUGACGCAAAUCCCAAAUGUUCUCAGGGCUUGAAAACAAAAAACAGCGAGGGUGCUGCACAGGCCACGUUGGGCCCCUUCAAUGGAUGCACCUCCUGCAAAACCAAAAGGAAAUUCCCCUCCCUCCUCACACUCCUGAGAUCUUUCUCUUAUCGUGAGCCCCGGUGCUGUACCAGUUUCGUCAUUGCACUUGUUGUCGGCGUGGUGAUGAAGGGAGUCGCCCUGCCAAUCAAAAGGGGAACUGACGCCCACUGGGAGCUCGGCGUCCGGGGCUCCUCUGUGUGUUUGCAGCCAGUGUACAUGGUGGCAUGUGGCUGGGAUUAGGAAAUUUCACUGUGGAUUAAAAUCUUUCCAACGUCUCCAUGGCCACGGGCGGAGAGAAAGGAGUGUGAAGUUCCAGCGGAGAUCCAGUGAGCACUCUGGACCCAUGGUCUCACAGAGCAGGAUGUUCCAGCUGCUCCAGGGUCACAUCCAGCCGGCUGGACUCCGAAGUCGCAAGAACCGCCUGGUCACCAAAGACGGGCGAUGCAACAUCGAGUUCGGAAGCGCCGACAGCAACCACUACGCGUACCUGGUGGACUUCUGGACCACCUUUGUGGAGAUCCGCUGGCGCUUUGUCCUCCUUCUCUUUGUGGCCGCGUUCACCGGCAGCUGGUUCUUUUUCAGUCUGUUGUGGUACUGGAUCGCAAAGAGCAACGGGGAUCUGACCGGGCAGAACCGAACGGACGGACACGUCAGGUGUAUAGAAAACGUGCACGGACUCACGACGGCGUUCCUCUACUCUUUGGAGACGCAGACCACCAUCGGGUACGGCGGCAGAGCGCUGACGGGGCACUGUGCCGGCACCGUGGCUCUGAUCAUGAUCCAGUCUCUGAUCGGGGUCUUUAUUAAUUGUUUCAUGUGCGGGGUCAUCUUAGCGAAGAUCUCCUUACCCAAGAGGAGGGGAAAGACGGUGACCUUCAGUGACACGGCCGUCAUCUGCCUGAAGAAAGGAAGUCUCUGUCUUCUGAUCCGAGUCGCCAACCUCAGGAAGACUUUACUAAUCGGCAGCCAGAUCUACGGCAAGCUGCUGAGGACAACAGUAUCUCCAGACGGAGAGACAAACAUUCUGGACCAGGUGGAUAUCGACUUCAUGGUGGACGCCGGAAAGGACAACCUGUUUUUUGUUUGUCCUCUCACCCUCUACCACGUCAUCAACAAAUCGAGCCCGUUCUACGAGCUCUCGGCCGACUCGCUCCCCCUGCAGGAUUUCGAGUUGGUGGUCUUUCUGGACGGGACGGCAGAGACCACCAGCUCCGCCUGCCAGGUCCGGACCUCUUACAUCCCGCAGGAGAUCCAGUGGGGGUACAGCUUCCUGCCGAUCAUCUCCCGCACAAAUACGGGAAAGUACCGCGUGGACUUCUCCAACUUUUCCAAGAGCAUACAGGUCACCGCGCCUCACUGCGUCCAGUGCUUUGAGACGGACGCCGACCAGAAGAACCACAACAGCCACAACGGGGAGAAUCACAACAACCAGGAGAAGCGGGGGGUCGACAACCUGGGGUUCCAGGUGAUUGACAUGCACGACUCAGUGGACGUUACUAAGAUGUGAGCGAUGAUGAAAAGGCUGAUGGUAGAGCAAAGAGACGCUGGAUGUUGGAGAGAAAGGCUACGUUCACACUGCAGACCCAACCCUGUCUCCAAGAAAUAAAGAUAUACAUUAUGACCACUCACAGGUGAAUAGCACUGAUCAUCUCGUUACAGUGGCACCUGUCAGUGGGUGAGAUACGUUCAGCAGCAGGUAAAUAUUUAGUCCUCAAAGUGUGUUGGUAGCAGCAAAAAUGGGCAAAGGGUAAGAAUGUGAGCGACCAUGUCAUGGGGCCAAAUUGUGAUGGUUUGACGACUUGAUCAGAGCAUCUCAAAUCUGCAGCUCCUUUGGGCUGGUCCUGGCAUUUUGAGGUCAGAAUGAAAGUGGCCAAAUGAAGGAAAGGCAGUCGAACCACCGACAGGCUCAAGAGCAGUUAAGGCUCAUGAUGGAACCUACAAUUCUACAAUUCACUUAGCAGACUCUUUUAUCCAAAGCGACGUACAUCAGAGAGUAAGAACAACACAAGCAAGGAUCUAGAAAAAAGGGAACAAUGUCAGUAAGAGCAAACGAUCAGCUUUGAGUCUGAUUGGACACACAGGUGCUGACAGGAAGUGACCAGAGGCAAAGCACAACAUUGAGGGCAGUUCUUGAGAGCUCUAAUCAGUAUAGAAACCAUCUUAU